CAUUUAGCUACAGAUAGACAGACACCCACGUUUCGAUCAUUGUUUUCACCAGAGCCAACUUCCAGCAUCUUGGUGCGUACUGCUCCUUUAACAUGUGAGCCGAUUUUCAGGGAACAGCAACUUGUUACAGGCUCAGCGGUCCUCCCCCUUCUGGAUUAUUUAUCAGGCGCUCAGUCCCAUGUCGCCAUCUGCUUUAAGAAAAAGAAGAAGAAAAAACGACAACAACAACAACAACACCCAGACUCUUCGAGCCACAUGAUAGGAGACAUUAACUAGAAAGAAAAACAGUAAUAAGUAACGCACAAUUAAAAAAAAAAUCAAGCAGGACUUAGAAGGUCUUAUGCAACAGGUGAUCAGGAGAAUCCUGCUUGUCAGGCAGAGCUGAAGCGGAUAACUCAGCCAGCAAACAGAGGUUAGUUCAUUUAUAAAUAUGGGAGAAUGCGGUGAGUUUUAUUUCAGCAUGUAAAAAAAUAAAAUAAAAAAAUAAGAUGAUGUUAUAUAUUUAUUUCUGGGACGGAAUCCGCUCAUCAUCGCUCAGUAAAGACCCAUGGAGCAAUAACUAAGCCCGUCCACAGAAUUAACCCGGGGACUGAGAUGAUCGGAGGCUUUAUGGGUGCAACGCUGCUAACCACCCGGUGAACUCGCUCGGGGGGGCGGGGGGUGGGGGGUCAAAGUAGGCAGCCGAGAGAAGGAGCCGCCUUUCCCCGCAGCAGCAGCAGCCUGCAGCAGCCAUGGUGGCGGAGGGCGACAGGGCGCUGCUGGCGGCCCGGCAAGGGGACGUGCAGACGCUCAAAGCGCUCUUAGCCGCGAAGGUCCUGAGCGGCGAGGUGAAGGACGUGCUGGGGGCUUCGCCGGUCCACCACGCAGCCCGGGCCGGGAAGCUGACCUGCUUGCGUUUUCUGGUGGAGGACGCAGGGCUGCAGGGCAACUGCCUGGCCAACAACGGGGCCACUCCGGCGCAUGACGCGGCGGCCACGGGCAACCUGGCCUGCUUACAGUGGCUCCUGACGCAGGGGGGAUGCCGGCCGGAGGACAGGGACAGCUCAGGAGCCACAAUUCUCCACCUUUCGUGUCGCUUCAGUCACCACGAGAUCACCGAGUGGUUGCUUAAGAGCGGUGAGGUGGACGCCGGGGCCUCCACCGAUACAGGAGCCCUACCUGUCCAUUACGCUGCUGCCAAGGGAGACCUGGCUUCGCUCCGACUGUUACUGGGACAAAGCCCAAAUGUUGUCAACUCCCAAACUAAGAACGGUGCCACGCCACUCUACCUGGCCUGCCAGGAGGGCCAUCUGGAGGUUGUCCAAUACCUGGUCAAGGACUGCGGGGCAGAUCCGGGCAUCAGAGCCAACGACAGGAUGACGCCUCUGCACGCUGCUGCUCAGAUGGGCCACAACACCGUCAUCGUCUGGCUGAUGAGUUUCACGGACGUCAGCCUGGCAGACAGGGAUGGCGACGGCGCCACGGCCAUGCACUUUGCAGCCAGCCGCGGCCAUGCGAAGGUGCUCAGCUGGCUGCUGCUGCACGGCGGAGAGAUCGUCACCGACAACUGGGGCGGGACCCCCCUCCACGAUGCUGCGGAGAAUGGUGAACUGGAGUGCUGUCAGAUUCUUGUGGUAAAUGGGGUGGACCUGGGCAUACGGGACCGGGACGGCUUCACAGCGGCGGACCUGGCCGAAUACAACGGCCACUCCCAGUGUGCCAAGUACCUGCGCACAGUGGAGAACAUGAGCGUGGAGCAUCGGGUUUUGUCCCGAGACCCCUCGACGGAGCUUGAGUCCAAGCAGCCGGACUCGGGCCUGUCCUCCCCGAACACCACCAUGCCCCCCGCCAGCCAGGCAGCGCACUUCGACAUCGGCUCCCCGUCCAGCUCGCUGUCCAACUACGACUCUGCCAACUCCAGCCAGUCCAGCACUGGGGAGAAGAGAAGCAGCCUUACGACGUCUCGAGGCCCACCCACCCAGCUAAACACAGUUGCACAUCAAGGGGCACCAGAGUCGGCCAUCUCCGACAUGCAGGCCUACAUGGACAUGCUGAACCCUGACACCAGCGCUGACACGGCCAACGGGGAGCAGAAAACGGUCGGCGCUGGGCCCAACCCUCCACCUCCUCCAGCGUACCCUCCCCCGCCUCCCCCUCAAGCUCCCUCAGAGCCCCCCGCCGCUCCGAGCUACCCGGCGCCCCAGCCCCCUCAAGAGCCUCAAUCAGCCGAGUUCCUGAAGGUGAAAAGCAACUUACGGCGCGUGGACAAUAAAAGCAGCAAAAAAGAGCUGACUCCUGAAGAGAACCACGAGAAAUUGCGGCGGGUGGAUUCAAACAGGAAGUCGAGGAGCUUCAACAAACAGCCCAGCACUGGGGAGUACUACAAGAACCUGGGCAGCGACACGGCGGAGCCCCGUGGGAGCAGAGGCAUGGCGCCCAACGAGGAGGGUUCGGUGUUAUUGGAGGAGCCUACUGAGAGUCCCGCCCCCACCUCUGAGAACGGCGCCACAGAGGAAUCUGUGCAGCCUCCACAACCACCUCCACCGCCCCCCCUUCCUCCCAGCAAUCCAAUGCCAACACCACCUCCUCCUCCUCCGCUGCCCGCUGGACCACAAGCCUCCCAGAAUAAUGGCAGCAGCACCACCUCCAGCUCCACCGACAAGAGGCGCCCAUCUUCCUCAUCAGGGAGCGGGAAUAUCUCUACCUCCCACCCAGAGGGAGGGCUGCUUAGACAGAUGAAGAGCGCAAAAUCUUUCAACAUGAUGUCCCCCACCGGAGACAACUCAGAGCUGCUGGCAGAGAUCAAAGCAGGGAAGAGUCUCAAGCCCACGCCUCACACUAAAGGCUACACCACUGUGUUCUCCAACACAGGGCCAACAGGAAACAACGGAACCGCCACACCUCCAGAGACCCAAUCAUCUCCUCCACCCACCAAACCAGCCUCCCCUCCUCAAGCCAGCCCGCCUGUCACCUCCCCGCCUGUUACCUCCCCGCCUGUCACCUCCCCGCCUGUCACCUCCCCGCCUGUCACCCCGAGCCCCAGCCCCAGCCCAACCCCCAGUCCUACUGGUCCCAGGUCCAUGUCAGGCUCUGCAAGCUUCGAGCGACGGUCCUCCAGCCCUGUGGUCAAUGGGACCGGCGGAGCUGCUACGCCCCAGCUGGAGUCGGGAAGGAAGCUGAGCCUUGCCGACAUCGAGGCGCUGGUGCCCACUCUUGAUGAGCAGGGGAAAGCCAUCCCUGAGUGGAAAAGGCAGGUGAUGGUGAGAAAGCUUCAGGCCAAGAUGCAGGAGGAGGAAGAGCACAAGCGCAAGGCUGAAGAAGAAGCAAAGCGGCUGGCUUCAAUGCCAGCCUGGAGGAGGGACAUGAUGAAGAAGAAAAUGGAUGAGGAGAGACCUCCUGAUGUGACAGGGAACAAAAAAAGAAAAGCAGAGCAGCAGGCCAAACAGGCUAAGGAGACGGAGGAGAAGCAGGAGCUGGAGCGACUACGGACCCUCGGCUACGACGAGACCAAGCUGGCCCCCUGGCAGCGGCAGAUCAUUCUGAAGAAAGGGGACAUAGCCAAAAAGUGAACUGGAUCGUUUUCCUUGCAGCGUUCUGCGCCCUCAUACACAUAGUCCAAAGCGUCUCCCUCCUCCGUCCUUUAACCCGCACUGAACAGCCGGAGGAGAGGAGAGCUCGUCUCCCCCCUGACCUCUGUUGUGUCGCUCUUCGGGACCCCGGUAACUCAGACCCGCUGCUGCAGCCGCUGCUGCUGCUGCUGCUGCUGCUGCUGCUGCUGCCCACACAAGCUCUGAGACUUGGCUCGGGUGAAACACAGCAGAGUGAUCCUAAACCUCUCACUAAACGUCUCAUGGACACACAUGGUUGUUCUUUUAGCACAGCAUUUCUGACAAGCACUGACCCUUUGUUUCUCUCUCUCUCUCUCUCUCUCUUCGCUCAGACACUUGCUAAAAAGCACUAAAUUAAAAUCACAUCUAGUCUCUAUUUACAUUUCUGCAAAACUGCAAAUCGCCGGAGGGUGUUUAGUUUAGGAGAUUUGCGGUUUUUGAUAGAUUUUUUAAAAAAAAGUGACGUGUGAGACUGUGGUUGCUAUGAAAUUGUCUUUUUCAGUCAUAGUAAUCAAAGGAAGGUAGCUUUGUCAGUUCAAAACAUCGUUGUUACAUCAUUAAGCAUUCGGAGUAUAAGUUGUAUCCCAUCAAUAUUGAAUCUUAGUCAUGAAAUCAAGCUCACAGCUGCACUGCCUGUGCUAUGAAAGUAUAGCGCAACUGUUUUAAACCGAGGUUAUCUUAAAAGACUUUAAGCGGUUAAUAUCUUUCCUCCAGUAGUGACUCAUCUUGGUGUUUUUUUUUUAGUAUAAAUCAUGUUUAGUUGGUCUAGUAGGCUGACACUGACUGCAAGUUAUUUAUGUAACGUAUAUUAGGGUCCUUUAAGCUAUCCUUAUAUUUGCAUCAGGAGAUUAUUUACCCAGGAAGCAGAGGUGGGAGGCAUCGUGCCACCAGUGAUCUAUUUGUGUGAAACACAACGGAAAAUGUAAAGCAGCUGUGGUGACGCAAAAGUAAUUAGUUAGUCUGGCCGGAAAUGUUUUCCAUGUUCCAUCCUCAGUUCGUGUCAGAAAAAUCCUUGGUGGCUGACCUCCUCAGACCUCCGCUUCCCACGUAAAUAAUCAUCAGCUUCUGCUUAAAUACGAACUCAAUGCAAAGCAUAGCGGUUUAAAGGUUAAAAAAAAGCGUUGCCAUAAACCACUGUGACUCCUGCAGGCAGGAUUUUAACUUCUUAUUGCAUUUUAAUAGAACCUCAGUUAAACCUGAACUACCCCUUAAAUGCGCUGCCAGUAGAUUGGCAGACAUUACUGCAAGUUGUUGCGAUUACAUGCCCUCUCUAAGCUAACACUUAAUUUUUUUUGGAGAAUUUGGAAUAAUGCUCAGUAGUGUAAUUGUAACUUAACUGAUAGUAGGUGUAUUAGAAAAAUAAAGCUAAAUUCAAACUUAUGACUAUUACUAUUUUUAAUGUGAUCAAAACGUUAAGCUUGAUUGUUUGAUCAUGAUUGUGAAUUUGCCACAUCAUGAGAAUCAAUCAAAGCUUUAAGCAUCGCAGAGACCACUCUGUCUUUCAGGGGCGGGGCGCGCUGGUAACAAACUGCGCUGCUAACUAGGUGAGUUACCUGCUUUAGUUUGUCCAAAUGUAAUACUAACCUGUCUGUGGUCGAGCUUCUACGCAUGUUAAAGACGAACAAGACUUCUUCAAAGUACUGUAUGAUUGACUUUUAGAGCGCUUCUGCUUGACAGUCCAGUCUGAAAACUGUUUCACCGCCUCUACCUUUUCCAGGUUUCUAAAUAUUCGUACAAUUCGCAAAACAUUAGAGCCGCGUUUAUCUGCUUAGAGCAGUGGUUCCCAAGGUCUGGGUCAGGAUCCCACUCUGGGUCUUGAAGGACCGAGUGUUUGGGCUUUACAUUAUCUAAAGAACUUUCAAUGAAACUUUAAACUAAAUAUUAGAUUUUUUUUUUUUUUUACCUUAAAAGCUAUAAUAAAAAAUAAGAUAAAAUCUGUAGUCAUAGAUGGAUUAAAAUAGUAGGCCUAUAAUAGUUGUUGAGGCUGUCUUGUCGCUAUACUCGUUAUUUGGGUCAUUAGUUGUAAUUGUGCGUAUCGAACAGCAACAGGCAAAACUGUGGGUCAGAACCGGAAAAGUUUGGGAGCCACUGAUUUAAAAGGUCAUUAGAAAAAUGUGUAUUUGGCGAUAGAUUUAUGAAUGAUACAAAUGCACACAUCAGUGCAUUGCCGUUUAAUAAAGUCGUCCUCUCUCUGUAAUACCAGAUUAUUACAAAUACGCCCUUUAAUUCGUCUACCUAGGAUGCCCUCUUUUUUUCUACAAAGAAAAGCUCUCAAGCAUACCAUUGUGUCUGGUCGGGUUUGGUUGAUCAUUUGGAAAUAUUCUGACUCACUUCUUAUCAGAUGCCAUAUGAUAUUAAAAUGAAAAGAAAUGUAAAUGUCAUUGCCAUUUAAUUUUCUAUACAUAUAUAAAUAUAUAAACUCUGUAUAUAGUGACCCUCAGAUUUUUUUUUUGUCGUUUCAUUAUUUCCAUAUUUCAUUAUAUUACAUGUCUCAGCCUCGCUCGGAUGUAGUAUGUUGGCUUGUUCUCUUGUCAUAAUAACGUCACACUGUUAACAAUGAGCAGAAUAAACCCCAGAUCAUUUAAAAGUG